AUGGCCAUCCGACAUGGCGGGUUUGAAGGAGCCGAGAAAAUCCCUGUCCAGAAGCUAGGAGCACACUGGACAUUUCGGGGAACAUCUGCUUUGGAACAUGUUGAUCCUCGCGAUGUCGAUGAUAGGGAAAUCAUUGACUUGCUCGUCCAACUGCCCGGAUCAAGACCCGCUGCUGAUGCACUACGGUACGCACUCAAGUGGAACGAACCUGGGCUUGUGAACCGUCUGCUCGAGAGGCCUGGCCUGGAUGCUUCUAAACCUGAUUAUGAAGGUCAAACUCCUAUUUUCUGGGCGAUUCAGUACGACCUAGUGGAUACCGUUAAGUUACUGCUUCAGCGUCCAGAAGUUAACCCUGGUAAACCUGACAAGAACGGCUUCACUCCCUUGCAGGUGGCGGUUGGCGUGAGGAAUUUACCACUUGUCGAAUUGCUCCUCCAAUACGAAGAAGUCAAUGCUCGCAGAACUGGCGGAGGAAAGUCCAGUGCCCUCCACGUUGCUGCCGAGCGUGGAGAACUACAGAUUGUGAAUCUUCUCUUAGAGCAAAACGGCCUUGAUGUAGCAUCUCCCGAUUCAACUGGCAAUACUCCACUGCAUUGGGCUGUCAGGAGUCGUGAUAAUGGGUACCAUCCAAGUCUGCAUAUGAUAUACGAUGAUGACGAUGAUGACGACGAUGGCGACGAUGGCGAUGAUGGCGAUGAUGGCGAUGAUGGCGAUGAUGACGACGACGAUGAUACUUCUGAUGAACCGCCUGGGUACAGAGAAGAAAGCCUUGACAUCAUCAAAAGAUUGCUAGCCAGACAAGAGGUCAACUCGGGAGGGCACGAUCAGGAUGGGCUCACCCCUUUACACCACGCUUGCUUGAUAGCAGAUUACGAAGUUGUGGCGGUCUUACUUCAACGACAAGAUGUUAACCUCAAAGCUCGAGCUUUGAAAGGACAGACACCUCUCCAUCUGGCAGCAUCGAAUCCUCAGCGAAGUGCAAAGAAGAUAAUGGAUUUGCUUCUCGAGCAAUCGGGUGUUGAGAUAACCGAGGUUGAUCAUGAAGGCCGGACUGUCCUUCACUACCUCUGUGGCAACUUUAAAAAAGAUUUCCCAGUCCUCGAUCUGAUCGAGACUGUGCUUCAAGCAGGUGUCCCGAUUGACCAAGAAUCUGCGACUGGGUUGACAGCGUUUCAUCAAGCAGUCUGUAGCGGAUAUUGGAGUGUCGCUCUGUUUCUGCUCGACCUUGGUGCAGAUCCCAUGGUUUCGAAGCGUUUCAAGUAUAACAACAACCUACUGCAUGCCAUCUUGAAACACUCAGACCCCGACGUCACAAAGAGCGAACUGAUCGAGAGGCUCAUCGAGCGAGGCAUUGAAAUCGACACUUACACUGAUUCGCCAGUUUUCGAUCCCCGGUUCAAUGAGGACGACAAAAUCGAACAAGCCAUAGGUAUACGAUCUCCAGAUAUUCUUGUCGGCACAGAUUGUACUCCUCUCUUGUUGACAGCAAUGCGCGAGUUUAGCCUCAAGAACAUGAAAAUACUCCAUGAUGCAGGAGCAGAUCCGAAUGCGCACGUCUUCAUCAAAGAUGUAGAAUUGGAGGGCAAGACGAAUGGUAAUCGCCAGGCGUUCUUAUCAGGAGUGUUCCGCCAUAUCUGGGAGCCAGGGAGCCCAAGUGACAGCGAAAUCCUAGAAAAUGAAGAGCCCAUGGAGUUGUUGCUAAAAUUUGGGUCACGGUUAGACUUUGAUGGUCCAGCGGAUAGUCCACUUCAGGAGGCCUGUAAAGCAGCAGAUGCUGGACAUUUUGCUUUGUUGAAGAUUUUGCUGGACAACUCAAAGGCAAGGAACGUCAGCGAGAGCCAUGUUGAUGAGGUGAUAUCUGCGUAUAAGGAUAAGCCGGAGUACACUCAAAUUUGCCGCAAGCUGGAAUCUUUUAAGAAAAAGGUGUUCAUUGAAUAG